AGCUCACGGAAGUAGUGGCGGAGCAGAGGCAGACGGUGAAGAGUGUCUGUUUUUCUCCCUCUUCUACUUUCUAUUCUUCCCCUUCUUCUCUUUUUCAUACGACUUUUUCAUUUUCGUGUUUCGGAGCCGAGACGGAGAAAAAGACGUAGAAGAAGAAUUCCUGGAACAUUUGCAGACAGUCUCCACAGUGCUCGAUCACCCCUCAACGUCUCCUCUCCAGCAGCCAUGGACCACACAAACCACAGCACCAUGGAGAUGGACCACACCCACCACCAUCAUCACACCAUGGCCCCGCCCACCACCGGCCAUGACCACGGGGGAGGGGGAGGAGGGCAUGAUGGGGACCACGGAGGACACGGGGGGAUGGUGAUGACCUUCUACUUUGGCUACAACAACGUGGAGCUGCUGUUCACCGGACUGCUCAUCAACUCCCCCGGAGAGAUGGUCGGGGCGUGUAUCGGUGUCUUCCUGUUGGCCGUCCUGUACGAGGGCUUAAAGAUGGGCCGUGAGGUGUUGUUGCGUCGCAGUCAGGUCAACGUCCGCUACAACUCAAUGCCGCUCCCCGGAGCUGAUGGGACAGUGCUGAUGGAGACGCACAAGACGGUCGGCUCAGUGAUUGACAGUCAGUGUUUGGAGGGGGCGGAGCCUCCUGUUGGAAUAAAGUCCCGCCUCUCAGGACUCUAUGUCAGGCAGCGGAUGCUAAGUCCUGCCCACUUCCUUCAGACCCUGUUGCACAUCGUCCAGGUGGUUGUCAGCUACUUUCUGAUGCUCGUCUUCAUGACCUACAACGGUUACCUGUGUAUCGCAGUGGCAGCCGGUGCCGGCAUGGGCUACUUCCUGUUCAGCUGGAGGAAGGCAGUGGUUGUCGACAUAACUGAGCACUGCCAUUAGCCCAUUAGCUUGGCAUUUGACCAGGGGGUUUAAUUUCUGCUGAUCACAAUCAAUAAACGCUAACAAUCACUUUCACUCUGUGUUGGCAUGCUAGACAACGUGCUAAUGGAACAAACAACCAGAAUGUUAGCUGCAAAUUUAGUUAGCACAUUAAACAAGACACUAAAUUACAAUUGUUACUGGUUACCAUGGUAACACCUGGUGGUUAGCUUUCACACUAUUGAACAUAUUGGUGAUUAUGGAUCUUUGUUUAGCAGAAAACAUAGAUCACUUCCUGUCUGUUUUUUCUGUUAACUCUUGCUGGUGGCCCAGCCGGCCAAUCAGAGCUGGGAUCACCUCAGAAGAUUCUGAUUGGCCAGAUCACUGUGUUUUAUAUUUUAAUUUCCAUUUUUGUGCCAGGACAACUGGAAGGUUAGCGCUAGCUGCUGCUAGCCAAAAAUGUUAGCGUAAAUAGCUUACAUACACUAUUUUUUUUAGUUAGCAAUGCUAGCAGCUCGUUAGAAGAGCCACUAAUCAUAACACAGUAUUUAAACAGUUUUUUUAUUUAGAGAAUAAUUUAUUAGGGAAUUAUGUUUAACAAAAGUUUUUGCUUAGAUUGUUUGAUUCAACGGAAAUUGUUAAAAAGAAAAAAAAGUAAAAAAUCUUUUAUUUCUUGUUGUUAAAAUCUUUCUUUGUAAAAAAAAAAAAAAAAACACAAUCUACAUGAAUCAAUGAGCCAAUUUUAUAAUUACAAUUAAUGAGCAAACUCACAACAGAAUAACAUUUACAUCAAGUAAAUGUAAACGAGGAUUUACACAAAUACUUGGUGACAAACAUCAGAACUUCAUUUAGAUCUUUUGAUCGAGCUGAAAAUUUGAAAUAAACCAAAAUGAAACAUAAAACUUGAAUUAAUCUCCAGUUUAUAUUUUUGGUGAAAAAAAUCUGAUAAAAUUAAACUUCUACUUUGUUUUGUGAUACAAAAUUGAAACUAUACAGUUUUUCUGUUUACACAAUAUGGCCAGUCUUUAUUUAAGCAUCAUUUAUUGUUGAGUUCGUUUUUGAGAGUUUGCCAAUCACAGAUUUACAUGUUUUCAUUCUCAGUAUAAAACGUUUAUUUUCUCGUUGACCAGUUUAUAUUUAAACAUAAUGAACUUUUGUAUGAAACGCCUCCUGGGCCACCGACGGCCUUCAUCCUACACCGUUUGCCUUAAUAUGGCCGACCUGUGGAGACGUCCUGAUGUACGUUGAACUUCUGACUGUAGCUGCUGAUGUGUCAGUGUGAGACCUGGAGGCUCUGCCCCUGAAGCUUCUGUCUGUUUCAGUCUGAGAACAAAUGCUGAUGAAACCUGAGAAGUGACAUGAUGAAUCACUUGGAAUGAUUCCUAAUUUCACCCUGUAUUCCUGCUCAGGUGGAUUCUCAUUGUGAGUUAUUGUGAUUUUUUUUUUUUAUUGUUUUCAAUUCACACUGAGAGGUGGGCGGAGUUUACUCACUGGACCAAUGAGAUUGCAGGGACAGAUCAAUGACUGGAUUUCUAUGUUGAACAAAAUGCACAGCUCCACUCAGAGCAGUAGUGUCCACAGACUUUUGUCAGACAGCCUCUCAGUGUGAGUUGACUCGUCUUUAUGAUUAAAACGGGAUGAAGGAAACUUUUACCAGAAAAUCAAAGUGUCUGAAAAUGUUUUAAUUGUUGUCACAAUUGCUGGAAUUAUAAAAAAAAAAAAAAAAAAGGAUAAUAAAGUUUAUGAAGAAAGUG